UGCGGCCGUGGCCACCAUGGUCCGGGCCCGCAGCCCCGGCCGGCAGCCCCGCGGCCCUCCGGAUCCCUCAGAUCGCCUAGGCCGCCGGAGCCUGGUCCUGCUCGGUGGGCUCCUCGCCGCCAUCGUCGCCGCAGCUGUCCGGGGAUACGCGGGCUACAGGGAGGCCCAGGCCGCGGCGCUGCGGGAGGGAGCGUUAAAGUCCCUGGGAACAGAAGGCCUGUACCUGUUCUCCUCUCUGGAUUUAGACAGAGAUCUGUCUAUCAGCCCAGAGGAGUUCAAGCCAAUUGCCGAGAAACUCACAGGGGCAAUGCCUGUCACUGACUUUGAGGAAGAAGAGAAGUUGCCACUUGAUCCCAGUGAAACACUAUACAUAGAAGAGAACCUGUCCCCAGAGGAAAAGCUGUUCAUAGUAGCCCAAUUCCAGCCUUUGCUCCUGGAGACCAUGACGAAGAGCAAAGAUGGUUUUCUGGGGGUUUCUCAUCUUGCCCUGUCUGGGCUUCAGGAAUGGAGGACCCCCUCCUCACCACUCAUGGAAUUCUCUGCUCGCCAGUUCAAGCCUUUUCUGCCCCCUAGGAGUAACAUGGAGCUGGGAGAGCCCUGGUGGGUCAUUCCCAGUGAGUUAAGCAUCUUCACUGGAUACCUCUCUAACAACCGAUUCUACCCACCCCCUCCCAAAGGCAAAGAGGUCAUCAUCCACAGACUGUUGAGCAUGUUCCACCCAAGGCCCUUCGUGAAGACUCGCUUUGGGCCCCAGGGUGCAGUGGCCUGCCUCACGGCCAUCAGUGACUCCUACUACACUGUAGCCUUCAGGAUCCAUGCCGAGUUCCAACUCAACGAGCCACCCCACUUUCCCUUCUGGUUUUCUCCAGGACAGUUCACUGGGCACAUCGUUCUCACCAAAGAUGCCACCCAUGUGCGAGAAUUCAAGCUCUUUGUGCCUAACCACAGGUCUCUGAAUGUGGACAUGGAGUGGUUGUAUGGAGCUAAUGAAAAGAGCAACAUGGAAGUUGACAUCGGCUACCUCCCUCAGAUGGAGCUUGAAUCCCAGGGCCCCUCAGUGCCAUCUGUGAUCCAAGAUGAGAAUGGCAAUGUGAUUGACAGUCGCCUACCUUCUGGAGAACCCAUCCAGUUUGUAUUUGAGGAUAUUGUAUGGCAGCGGGAGCUCAGCUGGGAGGAGGCAGCCCGGCAGCUGGAGGUUGCCAUGUACCCAUUCAAAAAAGUCACCUACCUGCCGUUUACUGAAGCAUUUGACCGUGCCAAGGCUGAAAACAAACUAGUGCACUCCAUCCUGCUCUGGGGGGCCCUAGAUGACCAGUCCUGCUGAGGUUCAGGGCGGACUCUCCGGGAAACAGUCCUGGAAAGUUCGCCCAUCCUCACCCUCCUCAAUGACAACUUCAUCAGCAGCUGGUCCCUAGUGAAGGAGUUGGAGGAGCUUCAGAAUAACCAAGAAAAUGAGUUCCACAAGGAGCUGGCCAACCUACAUCUGGAAAAGUACAACUUCCCUGUGGAGAUGAUGAUCUGCUUACCUAAUGGGACUGUGGUCCACCAUAUUAAUGCCAAUUACUUUCUGGACAUCACUUCCAUGAAGCCAGAAGAUAUUGAAACUGGUGUCUUCAGCUUCUCCUCUACCUUUGAAGACCCAUCCACAACCACCUAUGCACAAUUCCUAAAGGAAGGACUUCGCCGAGCCCAACCUUUCCUUCAGCCCUAAGACCCCAACCAGAGGGGCACAGAGCUGGAUAAACUUUGUAAGUCCAAGCUGGCUUCUUUCAGUCCCCCGCUGUGACUGAAAUUCCCAUCAGCCACAAGGAUGGAUCUAAGCCAGAGUGGUUCUUGACACAUUUCAGUCCCACAGAACUGUCUCCCCAAAAUGAGCUACUGGCCUUGACCUCUUUGCAC